AUGGACCCGGAAGAUGAUAAACCGCGCUCACUGAAUAACGACCGCAACCCCAACGCCGAAUCCAACCCUACCGCUCAUAAAGUCGACGAUUAUGCGGCCCACAGCAAAAGCAAAGGGAAAUUCCGCUUCAAACCCUCAAAAUCAAAAUCUAGCUCUGGAUCUUCACGACACGAAUCCCACAGACAUAGUCGCAGUCAUAAACACCGAUCCGAUGACCGCGACCACGAUCGCAGCUACCGGCGACACAAACGUCGCAGAACCGCAACUCCACGUUCUCCCUCCCCCGGCACAGUACCUUCUUACCCAGGCGCUCCGUUAUCUCCCAACACCGCGUUCCGUGAAUCUCUCUUCGACGCGCUAGGUGACGACGAAGGUGCUGCGUUCUGGGAAUCUGUUUACGGACAGCCUAUACACUCAUUCGCUGCUCCACUGGGACAUAACAACGGCAAUGGAGAUGGACGCAGCGAACUCGAUCAAAUGGACGAAGAGGAAUAUGCGGCGUACGUGCGCGGCGAGAUGUGGAAGCGGUCGCGAGAAGGUAUGCUUGAAGAGCAGGAGCGCAUCAGGGCAGAGAAAAAGGCGCGGGCCCGUGCUGAAAAGGCCGCUAGGGAGCAGGAAGAGAGGAGGAAGUUUGAGAGGGCGAUGGAGGAUAGCUUACGGCGGGGCAGAGAGAGGAAGAAGAUAAAGGAGGCUUGGAAGGGGGUAUGGGAGAGCUACAUUAGUUCUUGGGAGAAGAUUGAAGAGGCACGGAAGAAGAGCCCAAGCGGAGGUGAAGAUGGAGGGCAAAGAAACACUGUGCGGAAUCUACUCUUCUGGCCCGUGGAGUCGGGUAAAAGGAGGGAUGUUAACAGAGAGAAUGUGGAGGAGUUUAUGCGUCGGGCUCCCCCUCCACCGCAGCCUUCUGGUUCUGAUGCUCGAAACGACGCUACUACAGAUGAUUCACUGCUAUCUACGCUAAAGGCUGAGCGGGUUCGAUGGCACCCGGACAAAAUUCAGCAUCGGUAUGGCGCAUUGGGAAUUGACGAGUCUGUUAUGCGCAGUGUUACGGAAGUCUUUCAGAUUAUUGAUCGCUUGUGGAACGAGUUGAAGAAGUGA